AGCCUUGGAUAUGGACGGCUCUAAGGAGUUGGCAUACACAGACCUGGAAUGGGCAAUCGGGAUAAAUCGGAUUUCUCUGAAGAUCAUCGGUCUUUGGCCAGACGCUAAGUUAAAUCAUCGGCAAAAACUUUUGGCGGAUCUACGCGUUCUGAUUGUUUUUAUUUUGAUAACUUGCGUAUUAAUCAUACCCGGAAUACUAGCGCUGUUGAGAGUCUGGGGCGACAUGAUGGCGAUGACAGACAAUAUACAAAUCAAUCUACCUGUCAUAGUGAACGUCAUGAAAGUUCUUCUUAUAAGGUUCCACAAGAAAGAUCUUGAACCGGUCAUAAACAUGAUCGUGGAAGAUUGGCUCAGGACGAAAACAGCGCGGGAACGAGAUAUCAUGAUAGAGCAAACGAGAACUGCCAGAAUGAUAGUCCUGUUCGGAUGUAUAAUGAUAGUCAUCUCGGGCACCAUUUCCGUCGUUCCACCUAUCUUAGGAUAUUCCACGGCAUAUCUGACAAAUUUAACAGACUCGGGCAGACCGCUGCUGUUGCCAACGUACUAUCUGCGAGACAUUUUGGAGACCCCGUACUAUGAAAUCGUGUUUGUCGCCCAAUCUGCAGCGAUCUCGCUAGGCGCGCUUUCUUACUCGGGCAUCGAUACCUUUCUAAGUUUGCUCGUUUUCCACAUAGGCGCCCAAUUGGAAAUCAUUAAAGGGCAAUUGCUCAAUUUGGACGAUUUUAAAGACUUCAGCAUUGGAUUAGCCUUCAGUGUCAAGCACCAUCUGCGUCUUCUUAGGUGUGUUGAUGUCAUCGACAACACGUUCAACUUGAUGCUUUUGGCAUUAUUAAUGUACUUCGCUGUGUUAUUUUGUCUACAAGGAUUUGUAAUAGUUACCAUGAUUGACGGAGACAACAAUCUUUCCUUUCUGCGAAUGACUUGGCUCCUUACAAUUCUUAUUACUGCAUUCGCUCACAUGUGCCUAUACUGCGCGGUCGGGGAAUUUCUUAUAGCCAAAGGCGAGGAAAUAUUUUAUGCGGUAUAUAACUACACGUGGUACUUGAGGACGCCAAAUGAAGCCAAAAAUUUGAUGAUGUUAAUGACUCGCGCUGGAAAACCUUUGUACAUUACCGCGGGCAAGAUAUUUCCCUUGACCAUGUCUUUGUUUUGCAGCUUGAUAAAGACGUCAGUCGGUUACUUAUCCGUACUGCUCGCUAUUCGAUAAUUUUCCGAUAAAACGCUUAGAAAUUCUACGAGGACAUCAUGAGCGAAGAUAUAGAGGAAACUGUUUAAGUUAAUGUAUUGAUGCAUAUGUUUGUCCCGUUUUUAAACAUUCGCGCACUUUAUAUACGAAUUCGAUCUGCUAUUAACUUCACACUUAUAUGACGUAUUAAACAUUUGAAAGUAGCAAUUGAACGGAAACUUUACUGUCAAAUUUGUCGUCGUCGAUUGAUGCUUGUGAGUUGUAUAAAUUUAUAAAGAUGGAUAAAAUUAAGCAUCACUUUCUGCUUUUUUAUUUUCGAAAAGGCAAAACUGCUGUUCAGACCAAAAGAAAAAUAUGUUCUGUCUACGGAGAAGAUGCUAUUGAUGAUUCCACCGUUCGUAAAUGGUUCCGAUGAUUCCGUAAUGUUAAUUUUAAUCUCACGGAUGAGAAACGUUCUGGACGGCCUUCCGAAAUUGACAGUUGCGAAAUCUUGACCUUGAUUGAAACUGGUCGUCAUAAAACAACUCGUGAGAUUGCAUAUAUCACUGAUUAAAUGUAUAUCGACAAAAUGUAAUAGAUAUGUUUUUGGUUUAAAAACGGGACGAAUUUAUGCAUCAACUCCCAUAGUAUAUGCAAUGUGAAACAUAAUACUUUAGGACUCUACUUUUAGUUAGCGAUACUUUGUUCUAGACUAGAUCUAUUCUUACUGUUCUUCU